AUGAGCAUCAUCUUCUUGUUCUUUCUCAUCCUAUCACUCUCACCUUCUGCUUCACUGGGCAGCAAUACCAACAAUGAAGCUACGACCAAGCAACUCAACCCAUUUACACACAGAGCCUCACUGAUCCGCUACUGGGACACCCACGUCUCCAACCAUCUCCCAAUCCCCACCUUCCUCUUCUCCAAAUCCUCAACCCUAAACCCAGUCGACUCAGCGAUUCUCACCAAACUCGCCGCCCAGAACUCACUACCUUCCCACUUCACCUCCUUCUGUUCCCUCGCCAACCUCUACUGCUCCUUCGACGCAUCUUCACAAAGUGACCAACUCCUUACGUCACGAUCCAAAGGCUCAAACUUCGCCGGCUACGCCAACAAGAACUUCGCCACCUACGGAACCUCCCAGCUCGGCGGCGCCGACUCCUUCAAAAACUACUCCGGCGACCUGAACUCCCCCCACGACUCCUUCACCAAGUACAGCAAAACCUCCCGCUCCCACAGCGAACACUUCACCAGCUACGCCCACGACGCCAAUGUCGCCAACGACACCUUCACCAACUACGCCGCCGGCGCCGUCGCCGGAUCCGGCGACUUCAACUCCUACCACGACCAUGUCAACGUCCCCAAUCUCCGAUUCGCGUCCUACGACUCCGGCUCCAGCAACCACAAGCUCUCCUUCACCGCCUACAGCGACGACACCAACGCCGGCGCCGAGACGUUCAUCAGCUACGGCAAGAACGGCAAUGCCAACCCCAACGAGUUCAACAGCUACGCCGGAAACGCCAACAUCGUCGGGUCGGGUUUCACGGGCUACGGAGAGUCCGGGAAAGCCGCGAACGACUCGUUUAAAGGGUACGGUCUCAACGGUAACAACCCGCACAGUAACUUCAAGAGCUACGGAGCCGGCGGGAAAUCCGGGAUCGAUAGCUUCUCGAGUUACCGUAACGGCGCGAACGUCGGCGACGAUUCGUUCCUGUCUUACGCGAAGAAUGCCAACUCCGGGAAAGUGACCUUCUCGAAUUACGGCAAGUCGUUUAAUCUCGGAAAUGAUUCUUUUAAAGAGUACGGAGCCGGGUCGACGGGUCGGACAUCUGUUGGGUUCAAGUCUUACAGCUUGGGCCGCUCGUUCAAAGAGUACGCCAAAAACGGCGUCACUUUUGCCCAGUAUAACAACUUCACCACCGUGGCAGCUGAUUCUGAAGAGAAGAGUGGGAGUAGUGGCAGUUCUGUGAAUAGAUGGGUUGAGCCGGGUAAGUUCUUUAGAGAAUCUAUGUUGAAGCAGGGGAAUGUAAUGGUGAUGCCCGACAUUAAGGACAAAAUGCCGGAAAGGUCGUUUCUGCCCCGGACCAUUUUGUCAAAAUUGCCCUUUUCAACGUCGAGGAUGUCGGAGCUAAAGGAGUUAUUUCACGUUGGUGACAACUCCGCUACGGAACGGGUGAUAACAAAUACACUCACGGAGUGCGAGAGGGCCCCGAGCCCAGGCGAGACGAAGUACUGCGUGGGCUCGGUCGAGGACAUGAUAGACUUCUCCGUGUCAGUCCUAGGCCACAAUGUGGUGGUCAGGACUACGGAGAAUGUGCGCGGGUCCAAGAAAAAUGUGAUGAUCGGAAAGGUCAUCGGGAUCAACGGGGGACGAGUGACAGAAUCUGUUUCGUGUCACCAGAGUUUGUACCCGUACUUGCUGUAUUACUGCCACUCUGUACCAAAGGUUAGGGUUUACGAGGCCGACAUUGUUGACGUGGAGAGCCGAAACAAGAUCAAUCACGCUGUUGCAAUUUGUCAUCUUGACACGUCAGCCUGGAGCCCCGGACAUGGCGCAUUCGUGGCACUGGGUUCCAGCCCCGGAAAUACUGAAGUAUGCCACUGGAUUUUUGAAAACGACAUGACGUGGACAGUAGCCGAUAACUGACCGUAAUGCAGUAGCCUAGCUUGGUUUCGUCUUACAUAUUUACAGAGCCUAAUUGAUUUGUUGUUGUCUGAAGCCUUUCGAUUUACAAUGUGAUUGUUUUCAUGGGAUUUGCCCUCUUU